CCCUCCUUUUUAUCAGGCGGAUGCAAUCCCCUUCUCUCUCGUAUCCACUGAGCAGCCAUUCUUUUCCCGCUUUGAUUUCGCCUAUUUGAAUCGCAUCGGAACCCUCGAUCGGGCUGUCGCAGGAGCGAUGGACGGCGGAUCGGCGGCGUAUUCGCGGUCCGUGGAGGAUGUGUUCCGGGACUUUAAGGGCCGGAGGGCCGGCAUGGUCAAGGCCCUCACUGCCGACGUGGAGGACUUCUACCGGCAGUGCGAUCCUGAUAAAGAAAACUUAUGCCUUUAUGGACUUCCCAAUGAGCAAUGGGAAGUUAAUCUGCCAGCAGAAGAGGUUCCUCCAGAGCUUCCGGAGCCUGCUCUGGGUAUUAACUUUGCAAGAGAUGGAAUGCAAGAAAAGGAUUGGUUAUCUUUGGUUGCUGUACACAGUGAUGCUUGGUUACUUGCUGUAGCAUUUUAUUUUGGAGCUAGAUUUGGAUUUGAUAAAAACGAGAGAAAGCGACUUUUUGGUCUGAUAAAUGAUCUGCCUACUGUAUAUGAAGUUGUGAGUGGAAAUAACAAAGCGAGGACUUCUGGUUCUAACCACAGCAAUAACAAAUUCAAGUCGAACUCCAAAGUGCAGCGGACAUCGGAAUCUCAGCCCAAAUACUUGAAAAGAGUGCACCCCAAGGAAGAGGAUGGAGGUUUUAAUGAAGAUGAUGAAGAGGAGCACGAGGAGACACUCUGUGGGGCGUGUGGCGAGAAUUAUGCAUCCGAUGAGUUCUGGAUCUGUUGUGACAUCUGUGAGAGGUGGUUCCAUGGGAAGUGUGUAAAGAUCACCCCAGCCAGGGCUGAGCACAUCAAGCAGUACAAGUGUCCUUGGUGCAGUAACAAGAGGGGGCGCUUUUAACCGGAUUUGGCACCAUGAAAAGCAUCCGUCUUUUGUAAUGCUGGUGGUCUUCUGUCAUGGGGAAAGCUUGAUGUCAAACUGUUGUCCUGUCUCCAGCUAUAGGAAACUUGUGUUGUGCCAGAUAGCAGCACUCACCCAAGGGUGUUCUGUCAUGUAGCAAUCUUACUUUGGAAUGGUUAAUCCUUUCUGAGGCUUUAAAAUUGCAAACUCAGUUUGACCGAGGUGGUGCUUAUUUGUUUUCUUGACCCUUCCAUCUUGAUGCUUGGUGAUGUUUCAGCUUCAUGUGUCUCAUCAUAACAGAUAAAUGCUUGGUGAUGUUAGAGUCCAAUAUUUAUUUGUUGUUGCAUUUGUUAAAC